CAAAUCUUCUGGAUAUGGAACAGUUUGAAAGAAAAUAAAGAAUAAAAACACCAAAAAUGUUGAUUUUGUACCAGGGGAUUAUUUUAAUAAGUGCCAUCUCGUAUUCAUUCAGCUACGAAUUAACAGAACCUAAGAACGAUAUGAAUCAUGACAUCAAAAGACGAAGUACUUUUUUGAUACAAGCUGCGAUUGCUCAACUAGCAGAAACGUCUACUAGUUUAAAAACAGCGUAUGCCAACAACGAACUUCAAUCUGCAGGAAACGUUGCCCUUGAGCUCGUUGAGGGUGUGCCUAUUCUAGGCGACAUUGUCUACAUUUUUGCGGAAAACCCUGAAUCGACAUUAGAUAUUGAAAGUGGAUUAACAACGAUUAAUGAAAAUUUGAAAGUUUUGAAUUUUAAUAUAAAGAAUAUAGGUGUAAGAGUAGACGAAUUGUCUAGGGAAAUAGAUUUGUCGGUCAUAAAAAACCAAGUUGCCACUGAUAAGCGAGAAAUAUCAAAUUGUUAUGCAGAUUUUUUACUUUUCCUCCAAAAUCCAUUAUCAAAAGCAGAACAAGAUCGACUCAAAAACUGCUAUUCUAAAUUUGCAUAUAUUCGCCAAAUUGGAAGCAUACUUAGCAACGAUAAACUGACCUUUAUGCAGUACCCUAUCUUCGACCAAGUAAUAAAAAUAACUGGUUAUUGUGACUGGGAAAGAAUUCAAGACGUAUACGGGUUUCUUCUCGGAAUUUAUAUUGAAGGGUGCACAGCUUUGAUUACCUCAGAAGUAUUGAAAUAUGGAAACGAGUCUACAACCUUUAAGGACGAAUGCAAAACUACAAUACAAACUGCAGGGUAUAUACAAACCAAAACUUUCCAAAACUGCAAAAUGGGGCCAUGCAGCAAAUAUAUCAAAGUUAUGAUCAAUAUGUUAAGGUCAGAUUCAGCAUCAGGCAUACAAUUGCGAUUACACACGUCAUUUCCAUGGUUCAAUUUUGUUAUUGUCACGUUACGACAAAGUGGAAGUUCUGGUAUAGCUCUGAAUAACAUUCGUGUUUUCAAUUUUGUGACACUUUCAAGUAGUGCUGUCGUGUAUCGCGUGCUUAUAUGGUCACCAGAUACCAAUACAGGAUUUUUAGGAGAAGACAGGUAUGGUAUAGAGUACAAAGAAAAUGAAGUGGAGUCUAUGUUUAACGGUAUGAACUUAUUGAAAACGACGACAAAUGGAUUAACAAAUAUGUAUGGUUUUCGAAGCAAUUUAAAUAUUUUAGAGUCAGCCUGCAAUCGAAACUUCAACACUGAUGACCAGACCGAAAGUGAUGUUGCCACUGAUAUAAAAGAUCUCCUCAUAAGCGAACACAAUGUUUCGUUACCAGGAUGGGCAAUAGUAUUAAUCGUUGUAGGUCUGAUCAUUAUUUUGGUUGUUGUUAUUUGCAUUGUUAAAAAGCGACGUCAAGGAUAAUAGAUUGUCUGCAAGUGUGUAUCUCUGUUUUACCGAAAAAUUAAAACAAAUUUAACAUUGCACACACCUGAAACAUUCUGCGCAAUUAUAAAUUGACUGUAUUUUCGGUUGACCUGUCGUUGUGCGAGUCUUAUAUUGUUAUAUAUUCAUUUUUGAUAAACAUUGAGAUAGUUAUAUAUUUGAUAUUAAGGUGCAAUGGUCUAUCUCCCUAUAGAACUAUAAUACGAGAUGUCUACGAGUUUCUGAACUAUACUGUUCUAUCUCUACACUCUCAUUGGAUUAUAACAGCUUAUUCGUCUAGAUGAACACCGGAUAUUCAUAGAAAAAUAAUUUUAAUAUGUGAUGACUUAUCACCAAUUCGGUAUUUACUAACAAAUUUUAACAAAUAGGAUCUCGAUUGGUCGCUAAAGGAGCUAAAACUGUUUAACUUUUAGAAGAACUUGAAUUCAACUCCAGCUUUAUGGUUGGGUGUAUAUUUCAAUUAUCAGUUUUCUAUGUAGUGUUUAAUGAAAUUGCUAACUGUCAGCUUUUUCGUUGAAUUUCUUUUUUCAUUUGUUGUCCGUAUUCUUUGACAUGUGCCUCUCUGUAUCCUCUUAUUUUUAUAGCCUUGAACACUGUACAAAUAUUCAGAGAGAUCUUUUUACCUUUCAAUAGAUACAAAUGACUGUUAUCGUAUUUUCUUGUAGACUAUAUUAGGCUUCGUAUUUUUUGGAAUUUUCCUUUUUCCAUAAAGAAGCCACAACAUGUGAACUAUUAUCAAAAUAACUAUAGCAUGUGCUGUUACCCAUACAGAACUUAUAAUGUAGAUUGUCCUCUAGUUCCAAACGAACAAAAAAGGGGGAGUCCCACUCUGUCUCUGAGGCAAGAAUUAUUUACGCAAAUUCUUUCAAAUAACCUUAAAUCAUUAUGUUGAACAUAUAUUUUUUUUAAUACUGUUAAUUUGUAAUAUUAAAAAAUGAACGGUGUUUUCUUUUAAGUACACUUCUAAGCGACAACUUAAACAUUUCCCAACUGACUUACUUUUGACAGCAUUAAGUCCAGAAAAGGCUUGAUUUCAAAUGAAUAUUUCAUUUUAAAAAAUGUUGUUCUUGUAUUAUGCUGUUACACCAUUGUCCCAUGUAAGGGGUGGUUAAGCACCCGCAAAACCAUUUAACCCUGCCACAUUAUAUAUGUUUCUGUCCAAAGUAAAGAGCCUGUAAUUAAGUGGUUGUCGGUUUUUUAUUGCUAUUGGUCAUAUUUGUUUGUCAAUAAUUGUUUUGUAUUUUAUGUUUGUUGUUGCACGACUGUCCCGUCCCAGAUAAUGGGCAGGGUUAGGCUCCCACUAACACUUUUAACAUCGUCACAUUCUGUAUGUAUUCGUCCCAUGUCAAAGCCUGUAAUUCAGUGGUUGUCGUUCGUUACUGUAAAGUAUAUUUUUUCGUUUAUUAUUUUGUACAUAAAUCAGACCUUUAGUUUUUCAUUUUAAUUGUUUAACAUUUGUCGAUUUCACUUUUCUAUUCGAUAUGGGUUUUGCUCAUUGUUGAAGACCGUAUGGUGACCUUUAGCUGCUAACUGCUACGUCACCUGGUCUCUGGUCUCUCAUACCACAUCUUCUUAUUUUCAUAUUAAAUGGACAAAUAUUUUCGACAUGUAUAUGUAUAUGUAUAUGCAUAAUUACUCUAAAUAUCAGCACAACAAUGUUAAAUCUGCAAAUUUGCGGAAGCAAAUUUUAGUUCUUCCCUCGCCAGGAUUCGAACUCAUGCUAUUAAUGGGAUAUCGUGACAACACCGCCUGCACUGUGUCCAGCGCUCUGGACCACUCGGUCAUCUAGACUGAACUAAAAAUUCAGCUUUCGAUGGCCUAGUGUUACCUUUCCUAUAUGUAUAUACAUAGUGCCUAUAAAUAGCAAUACAUAACAUACAAAUCUAUUUGAGUGAGGAUUAAUCAGUACAAAUAUUAAUACACUUACACAAAUGAAAUUAUGAAUUGCCUAACAAUUUAGUUUUAACACACUAUUUAGUAUGUAAAUAUUAAAAUGUUAAAAAUAUUUACAAUGCGAUAAAAAAAUAAACGCAAUAUUUCGCUAGACAAACUAGCUUCAUCUAGCGUCCAUCUAUUCAGGUGAAAUCGGAUGCAGAUAAGAAAUAUUUGCAGCUCAUUGUACAUUGAAUUUUCCUGCCUAAUAAAUAAAUUCAAAAUUUGGAUGAAGUUCAAGAUUUGUUUUUGAAUUUUGCAACGUCCAAUGGCCAAUAUUACAGAGAAAUAAAGGACGGUGUGAUAAAUUAAUUAUUCGUUAUCUU